UGAACGAAUCUAAAAAAAUUACCACCAGUUUUGGUAUUUCUAGUUUUACAAUAAUAAAAGCUAUACAACCAUUUCAUAGAGUUAAUAUGGCUUACAGACGGAAUAAAAAUAAUUCAAAAAAAUGGAAAGAAAGCUUUAAAACUCAAGGAAAAUUGUUUUUUGAGAAUUCUACAUUACAUGGUGUCAAAUAUGUUGCAGAAAGUGGUCGAAGUUUUAUGGAAAGAUUCAUGUGGUUUACCUGGAUCACCAUUGGCAUAGUGACAACAACAGUGAUUAUUGUAAAUCUCUGGGAAAAAUUUCAAACCAAUCCAACGAUCACUGGAUUGGAUACGGACUUUCACAAUUGGGAUGUAGCUUUUCCCGCUAUAACGAUCUGUCAACACAUCCCAACCAGUGAAGAGAAGAUUAGGGAGUUUAUUGAAGUUCAUCAGCAUAAAAACGAAACUGACAUAGCCGAUUUAGACUUUUAUACGAAAGUUGCUCAACUUUCAAUAAACACAUGGAGCCAGUUCACACAAUCUUACUCCCAACAGAGUUUUGUAGACGUGGAGACAGAUAUGAAAGAAUUGGUAUAUAAUAUUUCAAACAAAUGCGAUGACGUGUUUCAAACUUGUUAUUGGAAAUCCACUGCUUACAAUUGCUGUGAUAUAUUCGAUUUCGUCUUCACAGAGCAUGGAUUUUGCUACACAUUCAAUUCUAAACAUUACGAUAAGCAUUUCCAAAAAUCAGCUGACUAUGAAUUUAAAAAGAAAUAUAUACAGGAAACAGAUUUAAAAUGGUCAUUGACGUUUCAAGUUAAGUCAACUGCAUCACAUUUUUCUAUAUUUAUAAUAAACUCCAAUGAAAUCACAGGAAUCGAUUUUAAGCCACAGCAUAUAUGGGAUUUUAGAAUAGACACCAUAUUAUUUUCUGUUAAACAGACUUAUACUACUGAGGACACUUCACAGCUUAACAUAAAACAGAGACACUGUGCUUUUGAAAAUGAGGUGAAAAUACAGAUCGACGAUACCUAUUCUUAUACAGGCUGUACUACUGAAUGUCGCAUGAAUAAUGCUAUGAAACUUUGUUCUUGUAUUCCAUUCUUCUAUACAAUAGUUAAUAAAAACUACAGACACUGCAGAUUUGAUGAAAUUAGUUGUAUUAAUGAACAUUUGGAAGAGAUCAAAUCUGUGGAUAAAUGCAAUUGUCAUUUAGGAUGUCUGCAUACGGUUUAUGAAAUUGAAAAACUGGACACUUUGAUGCCAGACGAAGAAGGGGAAGGCAACUCAAAACUAGAGAAUAAAUUUGUAUCUUGGCCAAUGGUGCGCUACAAAAGAGAAGUUCUUUUCGGCUGGGUAGAUCUAUUAGUGUCUUUUGGGGGUAUAGCAGGAUUGUUUUUGGGAUUUAGUCUUCUCUCUGCAGUGGAAAUUCUGUAUUAUUUCUCCAUAAGAGUUUACUGUACCACAAGGCAAAAGAGAAAGACGGCAUCUGAAGAUAAGUUUAAAAAGUACAAUGAGAAAUUUCUGGUUCCUGUUCCAGUGUAUUAUAACCAGAGAAGAUUAUCUGACCUAGUGCUUUCCAGAAUGACAAAUGAUAACAACUAAAUUUGUUAAAGAACUUUGGGACACAAAUAUU